AAAUAAAAUGAAAAAGAGAAAAUAUAUGAAGUAUGAAGAGGAGUUCUAUUAGGACUAGAUUCUCAAAAAUAGGGGUAUAUAGUGAGUCUCCUCUGUUCUCACAAACCUUCUUCAGGAGCUGUCGUCUCGUCCACCGAUCCUUGCCUCCUCCGCUUAUCGUGAGCUUACUCUAAAGCGAUCAGUUGCAAUGGCCGAAGCUAAUAACUCUGAUAUGGAACCAAACCAAAAGCCUCAAGUUGUAUACCGAUGCAAGAAGUGUCGGAGAAUUGUUGCUGCAGAGGAGAACAUAGUUACCCAUAAUCGUGGCAAAGGUGAAUCAUGUUUCAAGUGGAGAAAGAGAAACGGUAAUGAGCCAACUGAAUGCACCUCCAUAUUUGUAGAGCCCAUGAAAUGGAUGGAAGCACCACUUGAAGAAGGUCACGUGGAAGAGAGGCUCCAUUGCAUUGGAUGCAAAGCACGGUUGGGUUACUUCAAUUGGGCAGGCAUGCAGUGCAACUGUGGAGCUUGGGUUAAUCCUGCAUUUCAACUCCACAAAAGCAGAUUGGACGAGUGUCAUUUGUGAAGUCCAGUUGGUCCUUUUGGGGUAAAAGGUUAACAAAAGGAUUAGUUUUUUCGUUUUUUUUAUGCAUAUAAAAUGUAGAUUAGCUUAACAUAGCUUUCCAAUUUAUUUCUAGUAAUAAUUGUCUCUAUGAGUAUUAAUAUAUUAUUAUGCACAGUUAGCAUUGACAUGGAAAUUCUAGAGUAUUGACGAGGCACUUCAUGCUAUUUUUAAUAGUGUUGGAGAAGGUAAUAUCAAAUUGAUCUCUUCAUGUGAAACAACCAAGGAAGCUUGCGAUAUUCUUCGAAUUCAAUUUGAAGGUACUACUGAGGUAAAAAUGUAACGCCCUGGUUAGCCAA